UUCUCCUUUCAUCCCAGUAAUUCAAAUCACAUCCUCAGAACUCAGAACAACGCUGAAUUUUGCAGGAAAAAAAAAGCCAUCUUCAUUCAUUUUCUCGGGAAAAAAGAUUAAAGUUUUGUUACUUUCUUCCGAGCACCGAAGAAACAGAAUUUUGAACAUAAAGCAACAUUUCUCCAAUCCCAGGUUCAGAUAGUAGUGCUUAAAAAUGUCUGAACCUCGAAAAGAUUCCCUUAUUCAUGAGCUUCAGAUAAUAUGGGAUGAAGUUGGGGAGUCCGAGACUGACAAGGAUAGGAUGUUGUUUGAGAUUGAAGAAGAGUGUAUAGAACUAUACAGAAGAAAGGUAGAUCAAGCAAAUUGGUCCAGAGUUCAACUAAGGCAGGAAAUUGCCGACUGCGAGGCAGAGCUUGCAACUAUCUGUUCAGCAUUGGCAGAGAGACCGAUUCACAUUAGGCAGGAUCAAAAUGUUGGAAGCUUGAAACAAGAGCUAGCAAGAAUUUACCCAGAGCUGGAGGAAAUGCGGAAAAGGAAGUCUGAUCGUAGAAAUCAACUUAUAGAUGUUCGUGAGCAGAUUCAAAGUAUCUCAAAUGAGUUGUAUAGUCCUGGAGAGCAUGCUCCACCCGUUAUAGAUGAAAAUGAUUUAUCAUUGAGAAAGCUUGAAGAAUUGCAUAGGCAGCUUUAUGCACUACAAAAGGAGAAGAGCGAUCGCCUGAAGACAGUCCAGGACCACUUGCGUACCUUAAAUUCUCUUUGUUCGGUACUCGGUUUGGACUUCAAGGAGACAAUAGACAGAGUUCAUCCUAGUUUAGGAAAUUCAGAGGGAUAUAAGAGUAUAGAUAAUGAUACUAUCAAGCAAUUGACUGUUGCUAUACAAGAUCUGCGAGAAAUUAAAUUACAGAGAAUGGAGAAGCUGCAAGAUAUUGCAACAACAAUGUUGGAACUUUGGCAUUUGAUGGAUACGCCUGUUGAAGAGCAACAGAUGUUCCAAAAUGUUACUUGUAAUAUAGCUGCUUCAGAAGAUGAAAUAACCGAACCGAACACUUUGUCCGAGGGCUUCAUCAGUCACGUUGAGGAAGAAGUGUUAAGGUUAGAAGCGUUAAAAUCAAGCAAAAUGAAAGAGCUUGUUUUGAAGAAAAGAGCAGAGCUAGAGGAGAUUUGUCAGAAGACUCAUUUGGUUCCAGAACUUGACAGUGCACUGGAAUAUGCUAUUGAAACUAUUGAAUCUGGAACUGUGGACCCUGCUUGGGUUCUUGAACAACUUGAACUUCAUAUUGCCAAAGUCAAAGAGGAAGCAUUUAGCAGAAAAGAUAUACUUGAAAAGGUUGAGAAAUGGUUAUCAGCAUGUGAAGAAGAGUCUUGGCUUGAGGAAUACAACAAGGAUGAAAAUCGAUAUAAUGCUGGUAGAGGGACUCAUCUUAAUCUCAAGCGAGCUGAGAAAGCUCGUGCCUUGGUUACCAAAAUUCCAGGAAUGGUAGAGGCAUUGAAUUCAAAAACUACAGAAUGGGAACAAGAGAGAGGCAUUGAGUUCAAAUAUGAUGAUGCCCGUCUGCUCUCUAUGCUUGAAGAUUACACCAACUCGCGGCAAGAAAAAGAGCAAGAACGUCGUAAGCUGCGGAACCUGAAGAAACAUCAGGGACAAUUGAUAGCAGAACAGGAAGUACUAUAUGGGUCAAAACCAAGCCCAAAGGCUAAUAGUGCAAAAAAGCUUUCAAGGCAGUCAAGUACAACUGGAUCUGGUAGAAGAACCUCCCUUGGUGCAAGUUCAAAACUGGAAGCGAAAGCUACUCACUCAUAUUUCUCAUCAGCUAAAACAGGAGUUGAUAUUGCUCAUUCUCCUUUGGAAAAAAACUUAUUUGGUAGUGGAAGUGUUCGCAAGAUAGAUUCUCCUUCAGUGAGACAACCUUUUUCACCCAUCUCUUCGACAGAAUCAUCAAAAGCAAACUCAGCAAAUACCACAGAUGAACUAAAAAUGCAGCAGACUGAGGAGUUGGUGAAAACAUUAACACUUUACAAUAUGCCAUUCACUAGUCCCUCAAAGACAUCAACAGUGGUAGAUGAAGAGAAUAAAACCCCAAAAGCAAUGCCAUUUUCUCCCUUCUCUUCAACAUUACCACCAAAUUCCUCAAAUGAAUCAGAUAUACAGACUCAGAAUUUACAGAAAACAAUAACACUACACAAUUUGCCAUUCUCUACUCCUUCAAAGACAGCAACAGAAACAGUGGUAGAUGAAGGGUAUAGCACUCCAAAGGAAAUGGCUAUUCCUGCUCCAACUAAACCUUCAUCAGUUCCUUUUGGAGGAUACUCGGCUCAAGAAACUGAAUAUUCCUUUGAGGAAAGAAGGCUUGGUUGUGUGUUUGAAUGAUUUUGUGAAGUCAAAUUUAAUUGGCUUCUCAAUUUGUGUACAUAGUCUCCUACUAGUGUAUGUGGAAAAUGGAUAGAGCUUCUGAAUGCAACAUUUUGCAGUCUAAUGUGAUAUUUUGUUAUAUAGUCUCCAUCUGAA